UUCCCGAUUAGCAAGCUAACUCAUCAUGUUAGUCAUGUCUAAAAAUUGGCAGGAAUUUACAAGUGAUCGAGUAAUUAAUUAAAUAAAUAAAAAAUAAGUUUGUUGUAUAGAUUUUAUUUAAGAUAUUUAAACUCUGUUCUGCUUUUAAGAACAAGGUUAUAAAUCCAGUGAAGAAUGAAGGUGACACUGUCUUAAUCCCAGGUGGAGAAUUUGGAGCCGAAGUCAGGGCUCUAAAGUUUUGAAGACAGAGGAUGUAUAACUACAAGUGAUCUCAUAACGAGCAUCGCAAACCAAAUCAAACCUGCGGACCAAAUGAAUGGAGGACUCCAGAAGAAGCCUCUAAAAGAGGAAGAACCUGAAGAUGAAGAUUACUUCUGUGGUGAUACGUCGAUCUCUGUGGUUCGUGUCACUUCUUCGGAACAGCAGGACGGAGGAUUCCAGAACAAGCUCAUAAAAGAGGAAGAACCUGAUGAUGAUUAUUUAUUCUGUGAGGUCUGCAAAUCCUUCUGUAUUAACAAGUGUGAAGUUCAUGGUCCUCAGCACCAGUCACACCGUACAAGUGAGAAGCCAUAUCACUGCUCCUACUGUGCCGAGUGUUUUUCUACACCGAGCGACGUGAAGGUCCACGAGCGCAUUCACACAGGAGAGAAGCUGUAUCAGUGCUCACAGUGUGGCAAGAGUUUUAUCCACCAGAGCAGUCUGAGAUCACACAAACGCAUUCACACCGGAGAACGGCCGUAUCAGUGCUCGCACUGCGGGAAGAGUUUCGGUCAUAAAGAUACUCUCAAGAAACACCUGCACAUUCACACAGGAGAAAAGCCGUAUCAGUGCUCGCAGUGCGGAAAGAGUUUCAGCGACAGAGGGACGUUCAGAUCGCACCAGUACAUCCACACAGGAGAGAAACCCUUUCACUGCACAGAGUGCGGAAAGAUUUUUACACGGCAGAGUUCUCUGCAGCAACACCAGCGCGUUCACACCGGAGAGAAGCCGUAUUACUGCUCAAAGUGCGGGAAGAGCUUUAGUCAGCAUGGCACUCUGCAACAGCACCAGCACACUCACACAGAUGAGAAACCAUAUCAGUGCUCGCAGUGUCGGAAGAGGUUCAACAGGCAGAGAAAUCUCCAGUCCCACAUGCGCAUUCACACAGGAGAAAAGCCGUACCAGUGCUCGCAGUGUGGGAAGAGGUUCAGUCACCACAGUACUCUGAAAAGACACCAGCGUAUUCACACGGGAGAGAAACCUUAUCACUGUUCACACUGUGGGAAACGGUUUACUCAGCACGGUACUCUACAAUCUCAUACACGCAUUCACACAGGAGAGAAACUCCAUCACUGUUCACUGUGUGAGAAAACAUUUAACCGACUGAGUUCUCUCCAAAUCCACCAGCGCAUUCACACAGGAGAGAAGCCGUACCGGUGCUCGCAGUGCGGGAAAAGUUUCAGUCAGAACGGGACUCUGAAACAGCACCUGCGUGUUCACACUGGAGAGAAACCGUAUAACUGCUCACAGUGUGGAAAGACUUUCAGUCAGCAAAGUACUCUCCACCAACACCAGCGCAUUCACACUAAGAACAAAGCACAUCAGGAUACAGCAUGGGAAGAGCUUUAACGAAGCCUGUUCAACUGCACCAGCUCCUUCAAACAGGACAUGACUCCGUAUCGCUAAAGAAACCAGACAGACAAAUAAUAUGUGUGUGUUUUUUAUUGACACGGUUUUAUUCAUUCUUAAAGGUGGGGUCUCCGUUGUUUGAAAGCCAAUGUUGACAUUUGAAAUCACCAAAACAAACACGCCCCUAACCAAAAUGGGUCCCACCCCUGUAUCGAUAGCUCCGCCCACACAUACUGUAUAUACGUAACCCAGGCAACUAAUGAAAAGAAAUGUGUCUUUAUCAUAGCUGAAGGGAAGAACAAUACGAUUGCAGAUAAACAAACAAGCAAAAAUGACACACAAGCAUAAUCAUGUAAAGGACAAAGACAUAUAUUAGUUCUGUGUAACAAAACAAAACCAACGUUACUCACCUAUCGAGAAGGAAAAAAGC